CACACAAUUUAAGUUCAACCCGACCCAAUGAAAUUCUUAGCUUAAGACAUAGUUUCAUUUUAUUUUUCCAGUGUUUUAGGGUUUAAGCACACACGUUUUUUUUUCCUCUUUUACUUCUUCAGACCCUUAAACCCUUGAAAAAUCUUAGACCCAAAAAAAUAUUCAGAGAAAAAACCCAACACCUCUGCAACUGUUUUUGAUUCUCCAUUUUUUGUUAAUUGAAAAAUGGAUAAGAACAUUUUUGGAGACAUUGAUAAUGUUCCUGACGAAGAUAAGAGAAGAAUGUCAAUCAUGGUAGAACAGCUUCAAAUGCGAGAUAAUCUUAGGUUGUAUAAUUCAUUAGUUGAGAGAUGUUUCAAGAAUUGCGUCAAUACAUUCUAUCGGAGUUCAUUGAACAAGACAGAGGAAACAUGUGUCCUCAGAUGUGCUGAAAAAUACUUGAGGCUUUCAACACAAGUCGGCAUUAAAUAUUCAGAUAUCUAUCAAGGUGCAUCUACAACAGACAAACAAUAGUGGUUUGUGUAACUGAAUCGAUUUUCUUAGAUUUGUAUUCUUUUUUAACUGUCAAUAACCGGGAAUUAAUGUUUAUGAUUGGGGAAUGAAUUCCUUUAUAGAUAGAAAAAAAUGAACUGGAAUUUCUAGAGGUAAGCUCUUGUUUUUGUUGUUUAAUAUGAUGAUCUGGUAUUGAUUCCUGAAGAAUUUUUCAUACAAAUUUUGUACUCGCAUGAAAUCAAACAUGUCUUACAUUGAUGCUUUUCUAUCUUCUCAA